ACAAUGUCAGUGUCAUCCCAAAAAUCGAAUAAGGGAAAUUCGGCUGGGCAGCAGAUGAAAUAUGCUCGGCGGACAUCGAGCGGACGGUACAUUAGUUUGUCGAGGGAAGACCUGGAUAUGUCGGAGGUCCAGUCGAGGGACUACAUGAAUUACACCGUGCAUAUCCCGCCGACGCCCGAUAAUCAGCCGACGGAGAAUUCGGUGGCCACCAAGGCCGAGGAACAAUACAUUUCAAACUCGUUAUUUACCGGCGGUUUCAAUAGUGUUACGCGGGCGCAUUUGAUGGAUAAGGUGAUCGAUUCGGAUGUUACGCAUCCCCAGAUGGCGGGCGCGAAGGGCGCGUCGUGUGGCAUGCCCGCUUGCGACGGUAAAGUCUUGAAGGAUGAACGUGGGAACGAUAUAACGCCAUGCGCCUGUAGGUUCAAAAUAUGUAGAGAUUGUUUCAUGGAUGCUCAAAAGGGCAAUGGCAUGUGCCCCGGUUGCAAGGAACCGUACAAGGCCGGGGACUAUGACGAUGAGGUGGAAUAUUCAAACGGAACGUUGAAAUUAUCGGCUGUGAACAGGAAAAGAGAUGCUAACAACAUGCCUAUGACGAAACGAAAUCAAGGAGGAGACUUCGAUCACAAUCGAUGGUUGUUCGAGACAAGUGGUACUUAUGGAUAUGGCAAUGCUUUUCGUGAUGACGAUGGUGAUGGUGGUGAUGAUAGACUCCAAGGGGACUUGGAGACCAAUGAUAAGCCUUGGAAGCCCUUAAGUCGUGUAAUUCCCAUCGAAACCAACAUCAUUAGCCCUUACAGGUUAUUGAUUUUCAUCCGAUUGGUGGUGCUAGGGUUUUUCCUACAUUGGAGAAUUGUCAAUCCAAAUAAUAAUGCGAUAUGGUUGUGGCUAAUGUCGAUCAUAUGUGAAGUAUGGUUUGCCUUCUCCUGGAUCCUUGAUCAGAUUCCUAAAUUGUGUCCGAUCAAUCGUUCGACAGAUCUCGAUGUCCUGCGAGAAAAGUUCGAUUUACCAUCACCGUCGAAUCCAAUCGGCUGUUCGGAUCUCCCGGGAAUCGACUUUUUUGUAUCGACUGCUGAUCCGGAGAAGGAACCACCUUUCACCACUGCCAACACCAUCCUUUCUAUUUUAGCAGUUGAUUAUCCCGUGGAAAAGGUGGCGUGUUACAUCUCCGACGACGGUGGUGCCCUCCUCACCUUCGAAGCGAUGGCUGAAGCCUGCAGUUUCGCCGAUUUAUGGGUUCCAUUUUGUAAGAAACACGAUAUCGAGCCGAGGAACCCGGACACAUACUUCAAUUUAAAAGGUGAUUCUACUAAAGGCAAGAGUAGGCCCGACUUCGUUAAGGAUCGAAGAAAGGUGAAGAGGGAGUACGAAGAGUUCAAAGUGAGGAUCAACGGGCUCCCCGACGCGAUCCGAAGGCGAUCGGAGGCGUUCAAUGCAAGGGAAGAAAUGAAGAUGUUGAAACACAUUAGGGAAACUGGAGCUAACCCCAUGGAGAGGCCUAAGAUCCAAAAGGCAACAUGGAUGGCUGAUGGCACACAUUGGCCUGGGACUUGGGGCAAUCCAUCCAAGGAACACUCGAAGGGAGACCAUGCCGGGAUCCUACAAGUGAUGUUGAAGCCACCGAGCUUCGAUACACUUACAGGAAAUAGUGAAGAUAAGCUCGUUGAUUACACCAAUGUAGACAUUCGGCUUCCGAUGUUUGUCUAUAUGUCACGAGAGAAGCGUUCGGGGUAUGAUCAUAACAAGAAAGCUGGUGCCAUGAAUGCCUUGGUGCGAGCAUCGGCCAUUUUGUCGAACGGUCCGUUCAUCCUCAACCUCGAUUGUGAUCACUAUAUAAACAAUUGCAAAGCUAUUCGAGAAGGGAUGUGUUUUAUGAUGGAUCAAGGUGGCGAAGACAUCUGCUACAUUCAGUUCCCUCAAAGAUUUGAAGGGAUCGAUCCCUCGGACCGUUAUGCAAAUCACAACACCGUGUUUUUCGACGGCAAUAUGCGUGCACUCGACGGUGUGCAAGGGCCAGUUUAUGUGGGAACUGGUUGUAUGUUCAGGCGAUUUGCUUUGUAUGCAUUCGAUCCUCCGAAUCCUGAUAGGAUGACAGUGGCCAAAGAGACCGAAACGCAACCAUUGACGACUAGUGAUUUUGAUCCUAAUUUGGAUGUGAACUUAUUGCCGAAGCGAUUCGGGAAUUCCACGUUGCUGUCGGAAUCGAUACCGGUCGCCGAGUUCCAAGGUCGACCACUUGCCGAUCAUCCCGCUAUCAAAUUUGGAAGGCCUCCUGGUGCUCUCAGGGUCCCUCGUGAACCACUCGAUGCCGUCACCGUUGCCGAAGCUGUUUCCGUUAUUGCUUGCUGGUACGAGGACAAGACGGAAUGGGGUGAACGAGUAGGGUGGAUUUACGGUUCGGUCACGGAAGACGUGGUGACGGGCUUCCGUAUGCACAACCGCGGUUGGCGGUCGGUUUAUUGCAUCACCAAGCGUGACGCCUUUCGUGGUUCAGCACCAAUCAACCUUACAGACAGACUCCACCAGGUGCUCCGAUGGGCGACGGGCUCCGUCGAGAUCUUUUUCUCCAGAAAUAACGCCUUGCUCGCCACCACGAAGCUCAAAUUCCUUCAACGACUGGCUUAUUUAAACGUCGGAAUAUACCCUUUCACUUCGUUUUUCCUCAUCGUUUAUUGCUUCCUCCCCGCACUGUCACUCAUCUCCGGUCAGUUCAUCGUCCAAGAACUUAAUAUCUGGUUCUUGGUUUACCUCAUGAUCAUCACGUUUUGCCUUAUCGGCUUGGCACUCCUCGAGGUUCGAUGGGCAGGCAUCGGCUUAGAAGAAUGGUGGAGAAACGAACAGUUUUGGCUCAUUUCCGGUACAAGUUCUCAUUUCGCUGCAUGCAUUCAAGGUCUAUUAAAAGUCAUUGCCGGCAUCGAAAUUUCUUUCACUUUAACGUCCAAAUCCGCUGGUGAAGACGAAGACGACAUAUAUGCCGAUCUGUACUUGGUGAAAUGGACUUCGUUGAUGAUCCCACCCAUCGUUAUCGCCUUGGUUAACAUCGUUGCAUUGGUCAUCGCCUUCGCGAGGACACUGUUCGGUACCGGAAAAUGGAACAUGUUCAUCGGAGGUGCAUUCUUUGCUUCCUGGGUGUUGUGUCAUUUGUAUCCUUUCGCUAAAGGGUUGACGGGUCGGCAGCGGAAGACACCCACCAUUGUAUUCGUCUGGUCCGGUCUUAUCUCCAUUAUCAUCUCGUUGCUGUGGAUGGCCCUCAAUCCUGGCGGUAUCAAUUCCCUCGGAGGUACCGCCUCUUCCGACAAGUCUGGUUUUUCAUUCCCUUGA